UUAGUUUAUUUAUGCAACCAAAGACAUACUACGUUCAUCCGUUGAGAUAAACGAAGCUACUUUCGUCGCUAACGAACGUGUUGUUAAACAUUUUUUUUACGAUGAGACUUGUAGAAAGACUUAUUUUUAAAUGUAUUAAAGUUACGAAAUUUGUAGCAACACCUAAGCAAUGUAUUUUGAAUGCUAAGUUUUCAACAAAGUGUGAUGGAUUGCUUAGCGAUAUUAACGUCCUAGAUUUAACCAGAGUUGUUGCGGGACCUUUUUGUACUAUGACCCUAGGUGAUUUAGGCGCGAACGUUAUUAAAGUUGAAAGCCUAGAUGGUGAUGAGGCUAGAAAAUGGGGUCCUCCUUUUAUUGAAGGCUCUAAGGAUUCAUAUUACUUUAUGGCUAUAAACAGGAAUAAAAAAAGUAUUUGCAUUGAUUUAAAAACUCUGGAAGGUAAGCAGGUUGUCUAUGAUCUAGCCAGAAAAUGUGAUGUAGUUGUGGAAAAUUUUCUCCCUGGAAAACUAGAUAAGCUCGGAGUUGGCUAUGAAAAACUAAGUGUCAUUAAUCCAAAGUUAAUAUACUGUGCAGUCACAGGGUUCGGUCCUGUUGGACCUUAUUCUAGGAAACCAGGCUACGAUGUUGUUAUAUCAGCUAUGGGGGGCAUGUUGAAUGCGACCGGUGAAAAGAAUGGCAAUCCAGUUAAACCAGGAGUUGCUAUUACUGAUGUAACAACAGGACUUCAUGCUUUUGGCGCAAUCAUGACCGCCUUAUACUAUAGAAACAAGACUGGUCGAGGCCAAAAAAUUGACUGUGAUCUUCUAUCCACUCAAAUAUCAAGUAUGAUCAACGUCGCUAAUAUAUACUUGAAUUGCGGUAUUGAGGGACACAGAUGGGGCACAGCACAUGCUAACCUGGUCCCCUACCAAGCAUUCAAAACCAAAGACGGUUUCAUAGUAAUAGGUACAGGUUCAAACGCACAAUUCAUUGAUUUUUGCAAAUUAAUCAACAGAGAGGACUUGAUCACCGAUGAACGUUUCAAAGAUAACGCGUCAAGAGUCAAACAUCGUGACGAAAUCGUGAAGAUUAUCAGUGAGAUAAUUGUUACUAAGACAAAGAAAGAAUGGUCGUUAAUAUUCAAAAACGCCUCGUUCCCGAACGGUCCUGUCAAUAAUAUGGGUGACGUGUUUAGCGAUGAACAUGUCCAAGAAAUUGGUUUGGUCAAGGAAUUGCCGCAUGAAGUUGCAGGGACCAUCAAAAUGGUUGGUCCCCCAACUCUAUACUCAGAAGGGGGGAAUAUGGCAAGAACGGCACCACCAACCUUGGGUCAGCAUACAAGAGACGUUCUAUCUGAUUUCUUGGGUUAUCAUAACACGAAGAUCGAUGGAUUGUUUGAAAAUAAGAUUGUUCUAUAAACUCAAUUGGAUUUUAAAUGGAAU